AUGCCCUCCUCAUUAGCAGAGCCCGUGAGCGAAACUCCUAUUCCAACACAUGCGGCUUCUGAACGCCACUUUGAUUAUGGUGCAGUCAUUCGAGAUAUAACCAUCGGCUUUGCGGAUGGUAUGACCGUUCCGUUUGCCCUGACAGCCGGUUUAUCAAGUCUUGGAUCCUCCAAAAUUGUGAUUGUCGGUGGUCUUGCGGAAUUGUUUAGCGGAGCUAUAUCGAUGGGACUUGGUGCAUAUCUUGCAGCUAUUACCGAUCGAGACCACUACAAGAGCGAAGAGGCGCGUGAGCGUGAAGAAGUUCUCACCAAGCCUGUGGCAGAAAAGGAGGAGUGUUAUGAGAUUCUCGAUAGUUAUGGCAUCUCUAGAGAAGCAAGUAAGUCUGCGAUUGAGUGCCUUACUCAGGAUACCGAGCAGUGGAUUCGGUUUAUGAUGGACUUUGAAUUGAAACUUGAAAAGCCAGAUGUCUCCCGAGCAUGGAUUUCGGCAGCUACAAUGGGCAUGUCAUACUUCAUCGGUGGCCUCCUCCCUCUGACCCCAUACUUCGCUAUAAAAAAUACAACCCACGCCUUGUUCAUCUCCAUUAGCAUCACCGUCGUUGUCUGCCUCACGUUUGGCUUCUUCAAAUACUACGCCAUCCUCAAGACUAAGCGUGCGGGGUUCUAUGGAGCUUUACAAACACUGUUGGCAGGCGCGCUUGCGGCAGGUGCAAGUUAUGGCAUUGUCUACGAGGUGGAUCAUAGCAAUAUUGAUUCAUUGAAUUAUGGAAAUGUAUCAGGCGAUUUAUGA